AACCCAGAGCAGCAGAUAGAUAGAAAGUCACCAGGAGUGAGUGAGUGAGUGAGGGCAAGGCUGCGCUCUGUGUCUCCAAAACAUUUACGCACCCCGUCAUCUUACCAACAUCCACCACCGGCCGGCUCUCUCCACUCUGAAGGACCGGAGAAGAGAAGUACGCACACACACCGAGCAGUUUGAGUCCCAAACCACCGUGCGGUGAAUGCGGUGAGGAAUUAAAGCGGGAGAGGCAGAGGAGGAGGACUGAAGUUUUUUCCUUUUCUUUUUUUUCUUCUCGUGGAGAGCUCAGGGCGCACGGGGACUGAAUGGUUGAGCCCAGCCCUACAGCACUGCACCUCCACUCUGGCGGGGAUGUCAGCAUGGCGUGUGUUGGUGUCAAAGUAGAACAGGAGGAGUCCGGCGGAGGGGUCGGAGUCGGAGUCAUUACCAAUGCUGAACCUCCUAAGAGGUCUCCCUCGCGUGAUUGGUCAGGAAAUCAUCCACUGGAGGCCCGCCAAUUGACCCCACCACUGUCCCGCUCCCCUUCGGAGGGCUCUCCAGGUAAGGAGCUGCCUCACAGGCUGAGCCCCAUACGACUGAAGGACGCCAGGACACAUGGUAGACCAGAAGGACAAUCCAACUUCAAGGAAGUAAUGCCUACUUUUGAGAAGCUGCUGAAUGCUGACUGGAAGGAGAAACUUCUGGAUAAAAGCACAGUGGGGGCAGGACAACUGAAAGGUACCCCGGAAGCUCUGGCAGAGAAGGAGCUCCAGUUGUUGAUGAUGAUCAACCAGCUGAGCGGUCUGAGGGAGCAGCUACUGGGAGCCCACUCUGAGCAGAGGAACAUGGCCGCCCUGCUGCUGGAGAAACAGCAGCAGCAGAUGGAGCUGGCUCGACAACAGCAGGAACAGAUUGCCAAGCAACAGCAGCAGCUGAUCCAGCAGCAGCACAAGAUCAACCUGCUCCAGCAGCAGAUCCAGCAGGUGAACAUGCCCUACGUGAUGAUCCCGGCCUUCCACCCCAGCACCCAGUCCCUCCAGGUCACCGCUGACUCCCAGAUGACCUUGCCAUUGCAACCAAUCCCCUGCAAGCCAGCAGUGGACUACCAAAUGCAGCUGCUGCCGAACCCUCACCCCACCCCUGCCAAGAGGAGCAGUGGCUCCUUCCGACAGGAAGCCAGUCAGCCCUUGAAUCUGACCUCCAAGCCCAAGGGGCUGGAGCUGGGGAAAACACCCAGUCCGCAGAGCCUGGAGCUGGGAUCGCUGGUGCUGCACGGAGCCUACAGGCCCAGAGAUCUGCAGAGAGAAGUGUCCCGCAGCCCGCCGCGCUCUGCCCUCAGUUUUCUCGGAGACGGCGAUGUGGUCACCCAGGCCAUCCAUGAUGCCCAGCAGCUCCUCAGGGGCCACAGCACCGGAGGGCAGGAGAGGGAGAGAGAUGGUGGAGGAAAGAUGGAGUAUAAAAAUUCUCCCCGCAGCGAGAGAAUCUCUCACUCGGAGCGGGGCGAGGAGCACCUCAGCAGUGACUCUGAGGGUGCCCUGCCCAUCUCUGUCCCAGGCAGCUACGCUGAGACCCGGCCCCCUCCCUCCUCCGGCCACAUCAAGAGACCCAUGAAUGCCUUCAUGGUGUGGGCCAAGGACGAGCGCAGGAGGAUCCUGCAGGCCUUCCCCGACAUGCACAACUCCUCCAUCAGCAAGAUCCUGGGCUCCAGGUGGAAGGGCAUGUCCAACCAGGAGAAGCAGCCUUACUAUGAAGAACAGGCGAGGCUGAGCAGGCAGCAUCUGGAGCGCUACCCUGACUACAAGUACAAACCCCGGCCCAAACGGACUUGCAUCGUGGAGGGACGGAGGCUGAGGGUGGGCGAGUACAAGGCCAUGAUGAAGAACCGCCGCCAGGAGCAGAGAGCAACCUACACGCACAGUCAAACAGAACCACAGCAGAUCCACUACUCCCACAGUGAUGGCCAGUACCCGGGCGGCGCCGGCUCGGUCUCGGUAGCAAACAUGCCCUUUCACCCUGCUUUGCUGGAGCACUACCUGCCGCAGGUCCCCCCCACGCUGCGUCGAGCGGAGGGCCAGGCCACACCUACCUCCCUACCCAGAGAGAGAGAGAGGGAGCGAGAGAGGGAGCGCCCUCCGUACAGCGAGGGAGAAGAAAGCGACAGGGGAGAGAGGAGUGAGGGGGAACUGGUGCUCCUGACAGACUGA